GACAAGUAAACAUCACAAUCUCUCACUGAUUUGCUUGUAAAUUGUCGUUAAAUGCGGACUAAUUUGCACUGUAAAGCUCAACAAGUGUCGAAAAGCUCAGAUUAUUGGAUUGGUUGAUUAAUUAAUUGGAUUGAUAAAAUUUCGCUCUAAAUCUUCAAUCGUGAGCCGAAAGAAAGAUCAGCUUAAAGUGAAAAUGUGUUACUGUUGUUGCCAUGUUGUUCCGAGUUGAUCUUAAUUUAGUUUUCAUUUGAUUCUUAUUUCAAUUUAUUUGUUCAAUUAUUUUGUUUUCCAUUUGUAAUUCUUUUGGUGUUUAAAGUGAUAUUAUCCAUAGAAGUUCAUCCAACAUGGAGGUAGAACCAGAAGAGAAACCGGUAACUGGAACUGCAGCUGGUCUAGAUGCUGCUGAGGAGGAAAGAAAACGAAAACAAAAAGAAAAAGAUGCUAAGAAAAAGGCUAAAAAGAAGGAAAAAGCAGCCGAAACCAAGAAAGAUGACGGAAAGAAACCUGGCGGUGCCCCAGCUUCGGCCGCCGCUAAGAAAGCAGGUCCGGGUGCGAAAGCGUUAGCUCUUAUUAAAGAGCAACUUAAAGCAAAGCAAGAAGAAGAGGAAAGAUUGAAAAAAGAAGAAGAAGAAAGGAUUCGUCGAGAAGAAGAAGCUGAAAAUGAACGACUUGAAAAAUUGAGGAAAGAAAAGGAAAAGAAGGAGAGAAAGAAACAAAAAGAGAAGGAAAGGAAAGAAAGGUUAAAGAAAGAAGGUAAAUUGUUAACCGAUAAACAAAAGAAAGAUCGCCAAAGAGCAUUAGCAUCUCUUGAAGCGAUGCAACAACAAGGAGCGAUCAUUGUCGGUAAAGAAGUUGGCGGUGGUAAGGUGGAUAAAGAUCGAGCUUAUAGAAAGAAAAGAGCCGAGCAAAGAGCGGCUGCGGGUGUUACUGGUCAAACUACGACCAAUGGAGAGGAUAAAGAAAAGGAUAAAAUCGAUGAGACUCCGGAAGGAGAUCCAGAAAGUGUCAUCAGUGUAGAAUCUAGUGACGAGGAGAUUGAAAACUGGGAAGAUUUAACCGAGGACAAAGAUACUGAUAAAAAAGCCAAAAAAGGAAGUCAAGAAAAUGACAAAACAACUAAGGAACCAUUGAAACCUAUGGAAAAUAAAGUUGAUACAAAUAACCAUUCAAACAACAAAACCGAUUCAACUGUAACUUCACCAAGUGAACAAGAAAAAUUAAUUGACCAGCCACCAACAUUACGAUCUCCAGUUAUUUGUGUUUUAGGCCACGUAGACACUGGAAAGACAAAAAUUUUGGACUACAUUAGGAAAACUCAUGUUCAAGAUAAUGAAGCCGGUGGUAUUACCCAACAAAUUGGUGCUACUUUUGUACCUCCUUCAGCCAUUAAUGACCAAUGUAAAAUAGUGAAAGAUGUUAGUGAGCUUAAAUUACCUGGACUUUUAAUCAUUGAUACACCAGGUCACGAAUCCUUUACCAAUUUACGUUCUCGUGGUAGUUCAUUAUGUGACAUAGCGAUUCUGGUUGUUGAUAUUAUGCACGGAUUGGAAGCCCAAACAAUUGAAUCAAUUAAUCUUCUAAAAUCUCGUAAGACUCCCUUCAUUAUUGCUCUAAACAAAAUUGAUCGUCUCUAUGGAUGGAAAAGUAAUCCAAGGAAGGAUGUUGAAGAAUUGAUUAAAUCACAAAGUUCUCACACUAAAUCUGAAUUUGAACAACGAACAACUAAAGAUGUUAUUCUUGCAAUGAAUGAGAAUGAAUUAAACGCUGCUUUGUACUAUAAUAAUCCCGAUCCAAAGACUUAUGUCUCCAUGGUUCCAACAUCGGCUCAUACUGGUGAUGGAAUGGGUAAUCUAAUCAAUCUAAUUGUGAGCUAUUGCCAAGAGCGGUUAAAAAAGCGACUUCAAUUUGACCCAAAUCGACUUCAAGCAACCGUUUUAGAGGUAAAAGCUUUGCCUGGUUUAGGUACAACCAUUGAUGUUGUUCUUGUCAAUGGUAAACUUUGUGAAGGAGAUCGAGUUGUCAUGGCUGGACAUGAGGGACCCUUUGAAACAACAAUCAGAUCAAUUUUAGUCCCACAACCAUUAAGAGAGUUACGGGUUAAAUGUCCGUUCCAAGAAUUGAAACAAGUUUACGGCUCAAUGGGUAUUAAGUUAACUGGACAUGAUUUGGAUAAAACAAUUGCCGGUUUAGAAUUACAUGUAGCCAAGAAUGAUAAAGAAUUGGCUGAAUUAAAGGAAUUAACCUGGAAACGUUUCGGUGAAGCCAUGAGGUCCAUUAAAUGUGUCGAUAAAGGCGUUUACGUCCAAGCAUCAACUUUAGGUUCAUUAGAAGCUCUUUUACAAUUUUUGAAAGACUCAAAGAUUCCCUAUUCGGGUGUAAGAAUUGGACCUGUUGUUAAAAAAGAUGUUAUGAAAGCUUCCGUCAUGUUGGAAAUUGCUCCAGAUUAUGCUGUGAUUUUAGCCUUUGAUGUUAAAGUUGAAAGAGAUGCUCAAGAAUUGGCUGACCAAUUAGGUGUAAAAAUAUUUACUGCAGAAAUUAUUUACCAUUUAUUUGAUAAAUUCACUGCCUAUCGAGAUGAUUUAAAGAAAAAGAGAAAAGAACAGUACAAAAAUACCGCCGUUUUCCCAUGUAAAUUACGAAUUCUUCCUCAGUUCAUCUUUAAUGCUCGUGAUCCAAUCGUUUUAGGUGUUUCUGUCGAAGAAGGAUUAUUAGUCCCUGGAGUACCGUUAGCUGUACCCACCAAAGAAAAUCUUGAAAUAGGCCAAGUAACAAGUAUCGAAUUGAAUCACAAGCAGGUUGAUAAUGCUCGUCGUGGUGCUGAAGUUUGUAUUAAAAUUGAACACGUCGGCGGAGAUGCACCUAAACUUUAUGGACGACACUUUGAUUACAACGAUUUGUUGGUAUCAAAAAUAACUCGAGAAUCAAUUGAUAUCGUUAAAGAAUAUUUCCGAGAUGAUUUAAUGAAAAAUGAUUGGCAAUUAAUGAUAGAAUUGAAAAAGACAUUUGAAAUAAUAUAAAUCUAAAAGGCAGAAGCAAACUAAAAGAGUCAUUAUCGCUUAUUGUUAUUUGAUCAUCACCCAAUCAUCACAAAUCAUCAUUAAGAUUACAACGUGGCAAAAACAACAACAAUUAACGAAACUAAAUGUAUCCUGAUAUACAUUAAAUCGAGACGGAGAGAGAGAGAGAGAGAGGAAAUUAAUUCUAGAAUAUUUUAUCUCCAAAAGAAUCAAAAUUCACAAUCUUUUCUCGUAUUCUUCGUCUUUUAUGUGUCUCUCCUCUAAUUCAGCUCAAGAAUUUAAAUUGUCUACAACCCAAUUUAUCUCAUUAACUAAUUGCUGUUGGAGCUGUGAUCAUCAACCAUUGUCUCUCCCUCCCGCACUCUCUCUCUCUCUCUCUCUCCCUUUAUAUGAAACACUCCUUGUUAAUUUUUGUCAACAGGAGAUUGGAAAUAUUUUUGACUAAAUGAGUAAAUACUAUUAAUACUGAUGAUUUAAUUGCAAGAUCCAUGAAAUUAUGAUUGAUCAAUUGUAUUAUUUUCCAAUUGAAACUUGUAUUGUGAAUGUGUGUGAAGAAAAUCUGAUUAACAUCGAAAUAGAUUAAUCAUAAUCUAUUCCGAUGUUGAGAGAGAAAAAAGAAACAAUUAGUAAAUUGGCAAAACCAUUAAAAACCUUAAAUUUAAUAAUUAUCGUCAAUUGUAAUUCUUGAGGAAACAAAAACAUAAUAAUAGUAAAACAAUUGUAACAAAUGACUUAAUUAAUUUUUAAAGAGUAAUAAAAGUUUUUUAUUCAAUCAAA